AUGAUUGUUACAGCUAAAAGUGUCACCUCCAAACGUCGCCCAUCGAUCAAUAAGCUUGGAUCAGAGGCGAGUUUCAGUGUUCAGGCCCAGAAAGUCUCUCAAGAGAGUUUUAGAGGACAUAAGCAUACCAACUCAUUCAAUGAGGUGAGAAGAUUACAGAAUAGAACUUGGAAACAAAAAAUUGUGGAGUUAUUUCCUCAAAAUGCUCAAGAGUAUUUACCAGAAAUCAACAUCCAUGUCUCAAUAUUAUGUGUCAUCUGGUAUAUGACCUCCUCGAUCUCUUCCAAUCUGUCUAAGGCUAUUCUAUCACAAUUUCCACAUCCAGUAGGAUUAACUGAGCUUCAAUUUUUCUUGAGCGCAUCACUAUGCUUGGCGUUCGUAAUUUUCGCUAACCAUUUACACAAACCAAAAAGCUCAUCAUCACAGCUAAGAGACGCAGUGUUAAACUUCCCAGAAGGUAUACUACCGAACUAUCUUAACGGAUCCUUUUCGACUUGCAUUUCGAAAACGUUUUUGGUUCCUUCUAAGGUGAUUUGGUGUACGACAUUUCCAAUGGGAAUAUUUCAAUUCGUUGGACAUAUUACUUCGCAUAAAUCUACAUCAUUGAUACCCGUCUCUCUGGUUCAUUCUGUUAAAGCACUUUCCCCUAUAGCGACCGUGUGUUAUUACAGGUUUUCGAAGGGCAAGCAAUACAACAACAUGACAUACUACACGUUAAUUCCGCUAAUUCUUGGUGUUAUGAUCACAUGCUGGACUUCACAUAAUAACAAGAAUAGUUUGGCUCAAACUGAUAGGCUCUCAUUUAUAAUGGGACUGGCAUUCGCCUUCAUUUCCAUGAUAAUUUUUGUAUCACAAAAUAUCUUCGCCAAGGGUAUUUUGACUGUAAAGUCGAAGGAUAUUCUACCAAGCAAAAACAAGUCUCAGUUAGACUUGACUCAAAUAAAAAUGGAGGAAAGAUCAAUGAUGAAGCUAGAUAAAAUCACGAUUCUUUUUUAUUGCUCAUGCGUUGGGUUUAUUUUAACUUUCCCUAUCUUCGUGACAAACGAAUUGUUUUCUGGAUCGGCGUCGGUGUUUGGCGACUUAACGUUUAAGAUUUUAAUUCUUGUUAUCAUACACGGGGUUGCUCACUUCUUCCAGGCAAUGCUGGCAUUCCAACUAAUCGGCAUGUUGAGUCCAGUAACAUAUUCGAUUGCCAAUAUCAUGAAACGUAUCAUGAUCAUUGGUGUAGCAUUCAUAUGGGAGUCAAACUUAUCUAUAAAUCAGUUAUUUGGGUUAAGCUUAACUAUAAUAGGUUUGUACGGUUACGACAAGUGGGGUAACAAAAAGCUCUGA